GAGAAGACGCGGCUAGCUAGAGUAGUUCCGCUCUGGGGCGGAAGUGAGCGGGAGUGUCUCGGCCACUGACCAUCUGGCAUCAUGGUGGCGCCUGUGCUGGAGGUGUCUCACGUGUUUUGCUGCCCGAACCGGGUUCGAGGAGCUUUGAGUUGGAAUUGCGGGUCUGGAGGACUUCUGGCCUUCGGCACGUCCUGCUCCGUGGUUCUCUAUGACCCUCAGAAAAAGGCAGUUAUUAACAAUCUGAAUGGUCACACUGCUCGAGUCAAUUGCCUGCAGUGGAUACGUAGACUGGAUUACACCCCUUCCUCGGAAUUGGUGUCUGGAGGAUCUGACAAUCGGUUGAUUUACUGGGAAAUAGAGAAUAACCAGGUUUUAAAAGCAGUCCGUCUUCAAGGCCACGAAGGACCUGUUUAUGCUGUGCAUGCUAUUUACCAGAGUGACCCAUCUGAUGGUGUGCUGCGUACUCUGAUAGCUUCUGCAGCUUCAGAUUCUACAGUUCGCAUAUGGUCUAAAAAGGGACCAGAAGUAAAAUACCUUGAGACCUUGAACUUUGGGGAUGGAUGUGUCCUGACUGUCUGCCUGUCUGUUUUGCCUGAGACUAAUGUACCAAUAUUAGCGUGCGGUGAUGAUGACUGCCAAAUUCACUUAUUUGUUCAACAAGAUGACCAGUUUCAGAAAGUACUUUAUCUCUGUGGACACGAGGACUGGAUAAGAGGAGUGGAAUGGGCAACCUUUGGUCGAGACCUCUUUCUAGCAAGCUGUUCACAGGAUUGCCUUAUAAGAAUAUGGAGACUGUGUGUGAACCCAACAUCUUCAGAAGCGGAGGAUGAUAGUCUAAAACUGAAGGAAAAUACUUUCACUUUCCAAGAUGAAGGGAUUAGCAUAACUGCUGCAGUAACCCUGGAGACCCUGCUGGCUGGACACGAAAAUUGGGUAAACGCAAUUCAUUGGCAGCCUCCAUUUUACAAAGAUGGCGUUCUGCAGCAGCAAGUGAGAUUGCUGUCUGUCUCCAUGGACAAAACCAUGAUUCUGUGGGCUCCAGAUGAAGAGUCCGGGGUUUGGUUAGAGCAGGUCCGAGUAGGUGAAGUAGGUGGAAACACCCUGGGCUUUUACGACUGCCAGUUUGGAGAGAAUGGCACCAUGAUCAUCGCUCACGCAUUCCACGGAGCGCUGCACCUUUGGAAGCAGAGUAAAAUAAACCGAAGACAAUGGACUCCAGAUCUUGUCAUUUCAGGACACUUUGAUGGUGUCCAAGACCUAGUAUGGGACCCAGAGGGAGAAUUCAUCAUCACCACUAGCACUGAUCAGACAACUCGCCUUUUUGCUCCAUGGAAGAAGAAAGGCCAAUCACAGGUGACUUGGCAUGAGAUUGCAAGGCCUCAGAUACAUGGAUACGACCUGAAAUGUUUAGCCAUGAUUGAUCGGUUUCAGUUUGUGUCUGGAGCAGAUGAAAAAGUUCUUCGUGUUUUUUCUGCUCCUCGGAAUUUUGUGGAAAAUUUUUCUACCAUUUCAAUGCAGUCCCUGGAUCACUUGCUUUGUGAUGAAGACCCUGAUUUUCCAGAGGGAGCCACUGUCCCUGCAUUGGGGCUGUCAAAUAAAGCUAUCUUUCAGGGAGACAUGGACCCUCUGCCAUAUGAGGAGGAUGCACUCUUAAUUAGCCCUGCCUUUGGGUAUCCUGAUGUGAUGUUUCAGCCUGCCAUCCUUUCUGAACCUCCCACUGAGGAUCAUCUUCUGCAGAACACAUUGUGGCCUGAAGUUCAGAAACUGUAUGGACAUGGCUAUGAGAUAUUUUGUGUUGCUUGUAACAAUUCGAAGACUCUGCUUGCCUCUGCUUGCAAGGCAGCUCAGAAGGAACACGCAGCGAUCAUUCUUUGGAGCACAGUGUCUUGGAAACAAGUGCAGAGUCUUGUUUUCCACACCCUGACUGUCACACAGAUGGCCUUCUCACCUGAUGACAAGUUCUUACUGGCUGUGUCCAGAGAUCGAACCUGGUCUUUGUGGAAGAGGCAGGAUGUGACUUCACCCGAGUUCGACCCAUUUUUCAGUCUCUUUGCAUUCACCAACAAGAUAACUUCCGUGCACAGUAGAAUCAUCUGGUCUUGUGACUGGAGUCCUGAUAGCAAGUAUUUUUUCACUGGAAGUCGAGACAAAAAGGUGGUUGUCUGGGGCGAGUGCAACUCCAACAAUGACCUCAUGGAACGCAGCAUUGGCCCCUGCUCCUCUAUCCUAGAUCUGGGCAGUUCUGUGACAGCUGUCAGUGUCUGCCCUGUGCUGGACCCAGCCCAAAGAUAUGUGGUUGCAGUCGGAUUGGAGAAUGGGAAAAUUUGUUUAUACUCCUGGCAAAAGACCAAUCAAGAAGUCAAUGACUGGACCCGGUGUAUAGAAACAACUUCAAGCCAGAGUCAUGCACUUGGUAUCAGAAGGAUAUCAUGGAAGAGCUGCAGUAGAAACGCUGGGAAGCGGCAAGAGGGCAUCGAGUGGCUGCACUUUGCAAGCUGUGGCGAAGAUCACACUGUGAAGAUUUACAGGGUUAACAGAUGUGCACUGGCAGGCUCGACCACUACCAAUCCUGAUGGGUCUUAAAAUGCAUGCUAUGUAAACCUUCAUGAUUGAAUGAGUUUCCCUAUCUGGGUCUUAGUUCUUCUCCUGUCCCCUGAAGGCCAUAGUUGCUUUCCCUUGUUAUAUAGUACACAUACAACCACCCAGAAACCUUAUCCAUGCUGUCAGAGAUGAUUGGAUCUACCUCUAUGUGUUCCAGAUUAAGAACAUUUGUUCUUCAUGGCCA